GGGAGGGCGAGCCGGAGGCUGCCUGGCUGCGCCCCGAGCCCGAUCCCCGCGGCCAGGCCCCCCGCAUGCAGCCCUCACCCUGGAGCGGAGGCGGCGGAUCGAGGAGCUCUCGCGAUCCUCCCGGCAGCGGCUGCUCCAGUCCAGGGACAGGAUGUUCUCCAAGCUCACCUCCAUCCUGCAGCACGCCGUGGAGGCGCUUGCACCAUCCCUUCCGUUACAAGAAGAUUUUGUUUACCACUGGAAAGCAAUUACUCAUUAUUACAUAGAGACCUCAGAUGACAAAGCUCCUGUGACUGAUACCAACAUUCCUUCUCAUCUGGAGCAGAUGUUGGAUAUUCUAGUUCAAGAAGAAAAUGAGAGGGAAUCAGGAGAGACAGGGCCCUGUAUGGAAUAUUUGCUUCAUCACAAGAUCUUGGAGACAUUGUACACACUAGGGAAAGCUGAUUGUCCUCCAGGAAUGAAACAGCAAGUUUUGGCUUUCUAUACCAAACUUCUAGGAAGAAUACGACAACCUCUUCUGCCACAUAUAAAUGUAUAUAAACCAGUGCAGAAAUUAAUCAGACUUUGUGGUGAAGUGCUAACAGCACCAACAGAAAAUGAAGAAAUUCAGUUUCUCUGCAUAGUAUGUGCAAAGCUGAAACAGGAUCCAUACCUGGUCAACUUCUUUCUUGAGAACAAGUUAAAAGUAUUGGCUUCCAAAGGAUCAGCAAUUGUAAUUACAGAAGACAUGUUAAAAGGCCAAGAUUCCUUGAUGACAGACACAGGACAGUCCAUUCAACCAGAAGAAAUAUCUAAUACUGCUGGAGCGGUGCACAUAGAGAAGGAAGAUGAUCUAUCCACGAGUCUGGAUGAGCUAAAUGUCACUUCAUCACCUGAGGCCUCAGCUAUUCGUCUAAACCAAGACUAUAAUUUAGUGAAUUCUUUGCUAAAUCUCACAAAAAGCCCAGAUGGUCGAGUAGCUGUAAAGGCAUGUGAAGGCCUCAUGCUCUUAGUAAGUUUGCCGGAGCCAGCAGCAGCCAAGUGCUUGACUCAGAGCACUUGCUUAUGUGAAUUGCUGACGGACAGGCUCACCGCACUCUACAAAGCCCUGCCUCCAUCCGUGGAUCCAUUAGAUAUUGAAUCGGUCGAGGCAGUUAACUGGGGUUUGGAUUCAUAUAGCCACAAAGAAGAUGCAUCUGCUUUUCCAGGGAAAAGAGCCUUGAUUUCAUUUCUCUCCUGGUUUGACUACUGUGAUCAACUCAUUAAAGAAGCACAAAAGACUACUGCUGUUGCUAUGGCAAGAUCUGUACGGGAACGAUUUUUUGUCGGUGUCAUGGAACCCCAGCUGAUGCAAACUUCAGAGAUUGGGAUCCUUACAUCAACUGCACUGUUGCAUCGUAUUGUCCGUCAAGUCACUUCGGAUGUGUUGCUGCAAGAAAUGGUUGGCUUUAUACUUGGAGGACACAGAGAGCCAGAAACCCUGACAGAUAUCAACAGACAUCCAUUGCGACACAGGUUAAUCGAACACUGUGAUCAUAUUUCUGAUGAGAUCAGCAUAAUGACUUUAAGAAUGUUUGAGCAUCUUUUACAAAAACCUAAUGAGCACAUUCUUUACAACUUGGUUCUAAGAAAUUUAGAAGAAAGAAACUACACAGAAUAUAAACCACCCUGUCAGGAAGAUAAAGAUGUGGUGGAGAAUGGACAGAUAGCAGGAGCAGUAGACCUGGAAGAAGAUCCGUUAUUUGCUGAUCUUUCUCCGGAUAACACAUUGUCGAAUCAAGAGUGGCUAAGUGUUUCUCCUCCCAUCAGCCCAGAACAUCCAAAAAACGAUGGGAAGACUGAAGUUCAUAAAAUUGUAAAUAGCUUCCUCUGUCUAGUACCUGAAGAAGCCAAAUCAUCAUACCAUGUAGAGGGCACAGGUUAUGAUACCUAUCUCAGAGAUGCCCACAGACAAUUUCGGGACUAUUGUGCAAUCUGUUUACGAUGGGAAUGGCCGGGGUCUCCCAAAUCGUUGGAAAAGUGCAAUUUAGAAGCAUCGUUUUUUGAAGGACAUUUCUUGAAAAUUCUGUUUGACAGAAUGGGCAGGAUUCUUGAUCAGCCAUACGAUGUAAAUUUACAAGUUACAUCAGUGUUGUCCAAACUCUCCCUGUUUCCCCAUCCACACAUCCACGAAUACCUUUUGGAUCCCUAUGUAAAUCUGGCUUCAGGCUGUCGAUCUCUGUUUUCCGUUAUUGUCAGGGUUGUUGGAGAUCUUAUGGUGAGGAUCCAGCGCAUACCGGAUUUCACUCCCAAACUUCUGCUGGUCAGAAAGCGUCUGCUUGGAUUGGAGCCUGAAGGGCCCAUUAUUGACCACAUGACGUUGCUGGAGGGCGUGAUUGUACUGGAAGAGUUCUGUAAAGAGCUAGCCGCGAUUGCAUUUGUGAAAUACCAUGCCUCAUCUACACCCUAAGCAGCCACUUGAAGUGACUGGGCUACAAAAUCGAGUGUGUUUCAGUCAAAAAAGACUAUUGACUCUACCAAACAAGAAGAGAGAGAGCCUCCUAACAAAGAGCUGAUGUAAAUUGACAGUUGUUAUGGAUGGCAGUGGAGGGUGAGUUCUUGGCCACUGUUCAUGAUUUCUUGGCGCACUCUGCACUCUGAUGGAGAUGUAAUCAAAUGGACAUUGAAUCCAGGAUGCAAUCAAAGGGACUUCAGGGCAGACAAAACAACAUUUCCAGUCACUGUUUGAAGAACUGAAAAAAAUGUCUGAAGAGCCACAAACUUGAGAACUUUGGUUACCAGGCCAUUGUUUUAACAACAUUGUAGGUGGUAAGGAUUUUUUAUAUGCUCUGGGGCUCAUAUACUUAAAUUGUCUUAUGUGAUCGCUAUUACUUUUUAAAAUAUCAAGCUAUUUCUCUAAUGUUUUCAUGUCAUAAGUUUUUUCUCUUCAGUUGAAAAUAUGAAAGGAAAAGAGUAAAGCAGCAUGCCUGUACUUAUGGCAUUACAGGACACUGCCAUGUCAAUGAUUCCAACAGAAUGGUAUCACAUCGGAGAGAGGAUGAAAAGACCUGCUAAUGCAUAUGUAGUAUGAUAUGAUCCAUGUGGGAUGAAUUCUACUUUUGUGAAUCUUCUUAUAUUGUAGUGAAUUCUGGGCUGGUGAAUUCUGAUUCAUCACUGUGUUAUUCCAGUUUUAGACUGAUGUAAUUCCUUAUAUUAAUGAAAUUAUACGUUGGUGAAUCAGGGCCUGUAUGUAGACAACGAUCAUAUCCUAAGUAUGCAUGUUUCUAGUGCUGUGCUCUUUGUCUUUCCAAAUGAUUUCUCCUGAGUUCAGCUGUGUAACUAGACUUGCGUUAGAUUUUUGUAUGUGAGCUCCAGUUUGUUUGAUCCAUGUCAUCUUUACAAGGAUGCUAUUAUACAGGUCAUUAAUAGUAGUUGCUAAAACCAGUAUUUUUUUAAAUGCUAUUUAACAUUGAUUUAAGAAUAUUUUGUGCCUUGAAAAUUGGCAGUCUAAAUGUUCUGUUAUUUUUAAAAUGUUUUAUUGCUUGUCUGAACGUAACCAUAGUGUCCAGACAAAAGAGUGACUGACACCAUUUUGGGCAGCAGUAAAAGGGAUGAUACAAUAUUUAGGACCAAAAUUCUCCACUGGUUUUCACAACACUGGGAUGCAAAGAUGUUUCCCCAGUGCAUUCUUUGCAACGUCAAUUCUACCAGCCAGAGCAGGAAUUUCCAUUGCAGGCCAAGGAUACUCUAGCAUACUUUGCUACUGUUCCUCCUGAAUAACUCCAGCUAGCACUUGCUGCUGACAUCAUCAUUGAAACGCUAGCAGGCUGGGAGGGCUGGAUGUGCUCCUUAACCUUCAUAUCACUCUAGGUGAUCUCUGUAGAGAGACCUGCCUGCCUGUUUACACAGGACAAUACCUUCAUAUUGACACAGUAGUACAGGCAGACCAAGCAGGAUUGAGCCCUUAAUCUUCAUAUUCCAUUUCUUUGUCUUUUUUAAUAUCCUGUUGGACAGUGAGUGUCAGUUUCUGAUCUCAUUUCACUGUAAAUCUGGACUAAUUUACAGGCAGAUAGAAAUGUGGAGUACCACUCCAAAAGAGAAAAAGCAUUGCCCAAAAGUGGCUGUGGCCAGGGAGUAAGAUGAUUCAGUCGCUCCCUACAGGUCCUCCCAUCAACAGAACUCUGGCACUUCAGCUAGAUUGAAAGAUGUUCUCAAGAGUGGGUAGCGGCAGGAACCUGGGAUUUAGCAGCCAUAUGCACCAGCUUUGCUGAAUGUGGCCCAAUGUUUUCAUACCAAAAUAGCUUAGUAAAAUAGAAUUUAAGAAAGGAUACUUUCUCUUUAUUCCCGUUCUUUACAUGGGUAUUUGGAAAGUAGCAAGUGAUAUUUUGUACUUAUUUUUUUUCAGUGCAAUGUGUACUACAAAUGAUCCAUUUUGAGAAGCUUCAUUAAUAUAAUGUACCUGCCUGUAUACACAGUAUAAAAAAGUAUGUAUGUGUGUAGAUUUAUGUUUAAUGCAUACAUUUUUGAUAAUUUAGGCCCCAGUUCUGCAAAGCACUUAAGCAUGAGCUUAAAGUUAAGCAUUUACUUAAGAGCCAUUUAAACUGAAUAUGAGUUAGGAAAACACUUGAAGUUAAGUCAGUGUUUAAAUGUUGUGCUGAGCAGCAGUGGAGUUAUGCAUGUUCUUAAAUGCUUUGCUGAAUCAGGCCUUUGUUGUUUUAGGUUUUAGCUUGAGUUUAAUUACACUUGCUGCAAAAUUUAAUCCUGUUUUCAUUAUUUAUUUAAAAAAAAACAACCCUCUGAUAUUUAGAAUACUCCUAAAGUCCCAUUCACAAUGUAAACUCUAGCAGACAUAAUGUAUGAAAAAUGAGUGAGGAAAAAAUCCACAUUAGAGCAUUCCAAACCAUAUGAAUCAGUUGCUGCUAUCGGAGCUAAUUACACAGUAAGGGAUUGCAUCAGUUAGUUUAUGCAAGGAUAACUGCAUCCGAAGAAGUGGGUAUUCACCCACGAAAGCUCAUGCUGCAAAACGUCUGUUAGUCUAUAAGGUGCCACAGGAUUCUUUGCUGCUUCUACAGAACCAGACUAACACGGCUACCCCUCUGAUACUUGCAGAGUCUGUAGUUUUUAAAUGCAAAAUGAUUGACCUAGCUAGAAGCCCAAUUGUUUAAUGCUUGCAGUUGAACAAUAAGAUAUCACUAUAAAUAUUCUUUAAAUUCAAGAUGUAAUUGUGUAGCAUUCUGUCUUCAGUGUGUUUAGUAGCCAUGGUGAUAUUAUUUCGCAAAUCAAAUAUUAUUCAGGCCACAAAUUAUAAAAAGCUUAUCCGUCUUGAUAACAAGUGAAGCAAUGCUAGGAAAAGCUUGAGUCCUUCUGGUUUGUAUAGGUGCUGCUUACAAUAAUUACCAUAAAUUGCGACAGUGACAUUUAUUUUUGUAAAAGCGAUUGACUCUUCCUUAAGAGAUGGAAAUAGUUUAGUUUUAUUUCUUGGUUUUUAUGCACUUUUAUUUUUAAAGGUAAAAAUUAGUUGAACUCCAUAUUUUUACUUAUUGAAUCUAUGCAUGUCAUUGAGUGGAUCUGUGUGUGUGUGCGCGUGUGCAUGCGUGCAUGUGUGGUUAUUUAUUACCCACAAGUGGACACCUGAGAAACAUGGCCUGAUACUCAGAAGUUCAGAGCACCUGCAGAUUUUUCCGGUGUCAAUGGGAACUGCAGGUGUUGAUCACCUUUGGAAAAAUAUGGCUAAGAGUAUUAUUUUGAAAUAUUUGAGGGGAAAAUCCUGGGAUAAUUUUGGUUAAGUAAGCAAAUUCGAACUGCAUUUUUACCCUGAUGCACAUUUUUGUAAAUAAGGACACGUUUUUAUUUUUCUGCCAUUUAUUUUAUGUAUUUGAUUUAGACUCUGAUGUAGAAACUUUUGUAAUAAGCAACAUGCUACAUCUGCUAGAACAGAAGUUUGUCCUUAGUCUAUUUCCAUUAUGAUUGUAAUCUUCCUAGUAUUCAAAUCUUGUCUAUGUAAUGUUCGUAUAAUGUAUUCAUUCGUGCAAUACGGGAGCUGUGAUUUGAUACAUAGCUUCAGUCUGGUUGUACAUCACCUAUGUAUCUGUAAGGACUGAAAUCCUGAGCUUGCUUACACUAUUGCUAGUGUAAAGAUUGUUACACUUGAUUUUACAGGGCACAAGUAAUCAUGGAAUUGCAUUGUAAAUACAUGGUAAUUUCCUACCAUGCAUUGCUGUAUGAAUACACCAUUACCAUUCAGUUAUGAAGUACAUCAUUAUUUGUCUUAGAGAAAUGUUACAAUGAAGUACUAUGUAAAAUCUACAGAUUGCAUGGUACUUUGGGUUGUAUGAUAAAUCCAGACAUAUAUAAUGCAUAUCAUACAGGGCUUUCCAACCGUGAUCACUAAUAUUAUUUUCUGUGCCCUGUAAAAUAAUUUACUCUCUAUAUAUACACUUUUUAUUUUGCCUCCUGCCUUGUUUACAUUAAACAGAGGAUAUUCAGUAAACCUUUUUUAUUGAACUUUAUGUCGGUCACUGACUGACAGUGUUGUGCCAAGGUUUAGCAGACAUGGGAUAUGCAACAAAGGAACUGUUGAAACAGCCACAUUUCUAUAGGUAAAGUACUAACUUUUACAAAGGAGGCUCUGAUAAAAUUCAAUUUUUGUGCUAAAAAUGCAUGCAGGAUUAAAAGGGAUAUUCUAAAAAUAAAUUAAUUUAAAUGAA